UUUUAUCAAUCUUUUAAGUCACGCACAAGGCAUUCCCCAACUGAAAAAUGGGAAUACAACUCAUCGACUACAACGAUGCUGGCAACAUACUGAAAAACCGUCGAUUGCACCGACGACUCGCUAGAUGGAGUUUUAAAAGACUCCGCAGUAUCUGGCAUGCCUUUGCGUACCCCCUGUACAAGCCGCUUAAGUUGCGCAGUCACAGAAGAUGUUCUCGAUCACAAAGUAGACUACUAAUGUUGCCUGCUGAGAUCCGGUUCAUCAUUUGGGACUACGUAAUGGCUAGUGGGCCCAUAGUAUUGUAUUGAUCGCAGAAGAGGGUUACUUAUAACUUAAUGCCAGAAAAUAGCCCAGAGAGCGGGAUAGACAUUACGCCACAGGCGAUCCGAAAGGCAGUUGAGGGCAGGGUUCAUAAAUCAAAC